CUAGCCUUCAACAACAGGUACUAGUCAGAGCAUGUGCGAUUUGCUUACAAAGAAACACAAAUGGAGAACCUGGCGACGAAGAAGAAUUGGACUGAUGAAGAACGGCUAGAGCUGGCGGCGCAGCUAGAUGCUCAGCUUGAUGAGUUCAUAGAUGGCUUGGAAAAGAAACGAUAUGAAGAAGGCUGGCCAGAAGAUCGCUGGCAGGAGGAAAUGGACAAGCAUCCGUUUUUCAUGAAGAAAACACCACAGCCCGGCGAUGAGGUGCAUCCCAUGUUUGAAGGUCUGCAGAAGCUCAAAUAUGAUCCGGAGGAGAAUACGCUAGAAGAGCUGGCACUCAAUUACAAAGAGGACGGCAACUUUUACAUGAAGCACAAGAAAUUCCGCAUGGCAGUCUACUCAUUCACUGAAGCCAUCAAAACAAAAUGUGAAAAUCAGGAUGUUAUGGGUGUGCUCUAUAACAAUCGCUCCGCUGCCCAUUUCUUUAUAAAGAAUUAUCGUUCGGCCUUGAGUGAUGCACAGCGUGCUCUGUUUUACAAACCAGACUAUACGAAGGCACGUUGGCGUGCUGCGCAAUGUGCUCAUGAAUUGGAUAAGUUUGAUGUGUGUACGAAGCUCUGCGAGGAGCUGCUUGAAGUGGAUAUCGAUCACAAGGAUGCCAAGGCGUUGCUGCAUAAGAAUAAAAUGAAAAAGCUCGAUGUGGAGCGCAAUCAGCGCAAGGAAGCUGCCGAGACAAAGCGCAACUUGGCCCGUUUCCAGAAGCUGCGUGCAGCGUUGGAGCAACGCGCUAUCAAAUUUGAUGAUCAACCAAUUAAUAAACGCGCCAAUAUUACGGAACAAUUGCUGGUUCCAAAGUUUUUACCCCUAGAGGAUUAUCCAGUACAUUUGGAUGCUGAUGAUAACAGCACCUUGAUUUGGCCCGCUGCCUUCUCUUAUCCCGAAUUCCUACUCAGCGACUUUCAACAGCAGCUGCCAGAGACGGCCACCAUGAAGGAUUGCCUAAACACACUCUUCGCCGAACCGCUGCCAUGCGAUAGGACUCUCAGCUAUCGUCCGGAUAAUGUUAAUGUCUACUAUGAGAAUCGCAAAGCUGCCUGUGUGCACAAGGUGGAUCCCGAGAAGACAUUAAGAGAGAUUAUAAAUGAAAAGGGUUUCUUUGUGUCCGGCGGCGCUUUGCUGUUCUAUGUGGUAACAAAGAAUACGCGCACGGAACAGGAGUUCAUACAUCAACAGCGACGACCCAUGGUCUACAGUUGAGUGGGAAUGGGAUGACUAUCAUAAGCAUAAACAUUGUAAUUUUAGUAGUUGUUAACAAGCAGUUGAGUAAUUUUUAUUGUUCUUAAAUUUCAUUUGCUGCGAAAGUAUAUAUAUUUAUAUAUUAGUCACGGUACAUAUGAGCCUUGUUAGCGCUGUAAAAGAAGCUUUUUCAUUAUCCAUAGUUCAUAUAUCCUGGCAGAAGAAGCUUACACAUAUUUUAAUAUGUGCUACAUAUAUAAUAAAGAUCUGUGUUUGUAAGACUUUGGACAUUUGGUUAGCUAAUUUCGAUUUUACAAUUAGUUUG